AUGAAUCUGCAAAAGGAAAAGCAACAACCACUCGACUAUGACCCCUGGGAAUUUUUCUACUACUGGUUAGGUACCAAAGUAAAGGACAAUUUAAAUAGUCACUACACAUUUGAACAAGUCAUGGAGACAAUUUACGAUGGAUUUCCCAAGAACAAUGGUAAUAGUAUAUGUACUAAUUUAUACCCUGGUAUAAGCCACAGUAUUUUUGACAUGAGGAAAAUAUUAUUCGAUUUUUCCUACAAUUAUGAUACUGUGCAAAGUGAAGUAAAGCAGGGGAACAAUUCCCGCUGUGAAAAAAUUAACAGUUCCAUGGGAGACAUUAAUUUAAAAUAUCAGAGUAUGAAGGGCACUUGUACAGGCAGCGGUACUGAUCCAUACUGUACUAUAUUUGAAAGUAAGUAUGGGAAAUAUUUUCCAAACGGGCAACCAUUAAAAUUAACAUGCCCUACAGCACCCGAAGUGGAAGAUCCCUCUUCUGGAUUAGCAGUCUCCCACCAGGAGAAUGAGUGCUUAAAAGAGUUACCCUCAAAUAAAGAGUACUAUGAAGAAUUUAAUAAAGGUAUGACCAAUUGUGAUAGUAGCUGGUCGUGGACAAAUCAAAUGAAGAUUGCAUUGGAGAAUCAUACAGAUCUUAAUAAGUAUGCCAAAGAAAUUGUGGGAGCACUGUGUUAUAUAUUGAAGAAAGGAGAAAGUCUAGAUCCAGAAGGUGAGGAAUGCAAGUACCUGUAUUAUUACAUAGGGGAUAUAGUAUCUAGCAGUCCGAAGAGUAGUGAAUUAUCAGGAGUUAUAGAGAAGAUUUAUCAGGAAAUAAAGGCAAAUAAAGAUGAUUUCAAGUGUAUAAAUAUAUACAAUGAUAUUAGCGAAACCAAUUUCAACCGAAUGAAAGUAAUAUAUGAUCUCUCCCAUGACUAUGAUACUGUACGGGGCCAGCCAGAAUCCCCUAGUUAUCCUUGUGAUGAGAGUAUUGGGGGUUAUUUGGACAACUUUUGUGGAGCUUACAGUAAUAUGAGUGCAGUGUGUAAUACAAAGAAUAGGGAAAAAUAUUGUACAGACUUUAAGCAGCUGAUUAAUGGCAGCAAAUAUAAGGACCUAUUAGAACAGGAAUGUGAAGUAGAACGUGAUCCUCAGGCUACGGAAUCAAUUGGUCCUGCGCAUGAAACGGAUCCGAACCUUACUGCCACCAUACCCUCUGUAGUUAGCGCAUAUACUUCUGUAUUCGAUUUGGCAAAGAAUAUCUUUCGGGGUAGUAGCAAUAGAAAUAACAAUAAUAAAAGAAAAAAAAGAAGAACAAUUGAAAGCGACUUUGAUACAUUAACGGAAGACGACGACAACUUAACAACAGAAUAUUCCUCCACACUUGGUUCGACGAUAGGUUCUAUGGAAGAAGAUGCAUCUACCAUAUAUGAUGGUAGGUCACCACCAACAUCCAGAGGAAGGAGAAGGGAAAGGAAUGGAAGACCAGGUCUUCAGAAUAUAAGUUAUGGACGUAUGUAA